UAUUAAAAGCAGGCACCUCAGACCAACCGGAACUGGACUGGAGUGAUGGACUGAUUUUGCCGAUUAAAAAACAAAGUGAACAGACAAAAGGUCAAAAUCAGUCGGAUAAAGGUGAAUAUUGAAGAAAAGGGGCCAAGAGCAAAGUUUUAUUUUUUUCAGGGGAAAAGAAAAGAAGAAGACAGAGAUGAGAAGAAGAAAUGUUCCGCUGGUUUAUGGAUUUAAACCGUUGCGGUAGCGGAACUUUUGACUCGGGAAUCAGUUUCCACACGGGCGCUAUUUGUACAAGCAACCAAAAGCGACCGGCUUGGCAAAAUGGAAGUGAAAAAUGCUAAUGCUGCUAUGCUCAGUAACUACGAGGUGUUCAAACUCCUGACAGACCUGAAGGAACAAAGGAAGGAGAGCGGGAAGAGCAAGAACAGCUCCCGGCAGCAGAACCUAAACACCAUCAUGUAUGAGACACUCAAAUACCUGUCGAACACGCCCUGCAGCAGACAGAGUCCAGAGGUGGUCAAAGAGUUCCUCACCACCAUGAUGCCUCACAAACUCACCAAGGCUGAGAAGUUGCAGCUACUGAACCACCGGCCACAGACGGCAGUGGAAAUUCAGCUAAUGGUAGAAGAGAGCGAAGAGCGUUUGUCGGAGGAGCAGAUCGAGGAGCUCAUCCAGACAGUGGCAAACAACUUACCCGGUGACCCUGAGCAGGAAAACGCAGCGCCAGCAGAAGCAGAGAUGGAGGAAGGCGGCGAACAGUCGUGACAGGCCGGAAAUGAGCCACAGGUGGGGAACUGGAGCGAAGGUCAAAAUGAUUAUUUCAGAACUGGACUCGUCGCUUUGCAUCACUGCUUGAACUGGAGCAACAUGCUGACGGGGGAGAUGCACAAUGGCUCCCCACUGGGCUUAAAGCCCCUGAUUGUCAGUAAAAUGCCUCAUUAAAUGAUUCACUUGUAGGUGAAUCGUUGCAUGAAUUACAUUUAUGUGUGUAUGUACAGCUGGAUUCAGCUGUUUUUGUAGUUUCAUAAGUACAGGUUUUUGGAAAGUGAGUCACACUUGGGACUUGUUUUGCAUCUGACUCGUCUAGUUUGUUAUUUCACAUCAGAUAAUAUUCAUGCAGAGACUGUCUGCUGUUGACCUGUUAUCCUUUUAGGUUUCUGACUUAAUGUUAGUUGCUGGUUUUCUAUGUCAGGAUUUUUCGCUGCUUGAUGAUUUCCAAAGCUGUAAUAUAUCUCAGUCAUGCAAUUAAAUUUGCAUCGGUCAAACUGUGUUAUUAGAGUGGCAGCGUAAUAACAACGAGAGCAGACAGUUGUGACCAAGAUGUGAUGGCUGUCUCCUAUUCAUGGUCUGAAAUCGUAUAUCUGUUUUUUUUUAAAAAACAUGCUGACCAAUUUUAUUUAAAAAAGAAACUGCAGAUGUUUUCUGAAUGUUGAUGUGCUGAAUAACCUUUAAAGUCGGCAGUUUGGGUUCUCAUGUGGUUGCAGAAUGACAGACUGAAGUAACUGUUGCUACACAUUGGGACCAUAAACUAAAACUCACUGGAUAGUGGUGUCACCGUAGGCUACAGAAAGCAUUUCUUUUCUCUGUGUGCGAUACAGUAGGUCAGUGAAUGCAACACUAAGGUACAAACAACAUGAACACAACACGUUGGUCACUGUUUGCUGUGAAUUUGAGUUAUUUUAGGAGCUUGUCUCAGGUCUGUUGUAGUCAUUUAGUUCACACUGACUAUUUUCCACAGUCAUGGGUUUCUGUAACCACACUGUGUAUAAAACUGAAGACUAAUAAAUUAACCCACAAACUCAUCAA